CAUUAAUAUUAAUAUUCAAUACAGAGGUACAGGUAGAAGUUGACAAGAGAAUUACAUUAGCUCAAUUGAAAGAGGAGCUAGUUCCACUGAUUGGUGUACCACCUACUGGUUUCAUAGUAUACAGAAUCAGUGGUUAUAAAGAAAAUGAAAUGAAGGACCUGGAUGAUACUUUAUUGAGUAUUGAAUCUAAAUCAGAGUUGAUAGUAAGAGUGGGUAGAGCAUUACAAAAAGGAGAGAACAGAAUUAAAUUAUACUUAUUGCAAGUUAACAAUCCAGAGUUUUGCAAGUUUAUGAUGGAAUCUAUUGUUGCUAAGAUUAGAGUGAGAGAAUUUAAAAAACAAAUUAUUGAAGAAGCAAAAAUACAAGGAAUUGACUGUGUCCUUGAAUUAGACAAAAUGAGAUUACGUGUCAAGAUUGGUGGGUCCCUUGGUACAGUAUAUCUUGAUGAUGAGUUGAUUCAUGCUUGUAGUGAAAUCUAUGUGGAACCAUUGAAAGGUCAGUAUACUGCACAAAAUGAUUUAUUGGUAAGAGUAAUAUUUGGCGAAAUUGUGGAAAGUUAA